AUGUGCGGCGAUAGUCAUCUUCCACCAGCGCCCUCUGUUGGAGAUGCGGUGGCCAUUAUCCAUAUGCGACCAGAAAAUGGAGACAUGGCUCUGAUUUCUGGACAAAGUUGGAGGUGUCAGCUAUCAAACUAUUUUGCCACAGCGGAGGAAGCAAAUACCCAGCUCAUGUACGAGACUAAGCCAGAAUGGUGGCGCGGGGAUAUGAAGGUGCGGAUAUACGCAUACGGAACCCCUUCGGAUUCCGGAGAGGGAGAGCAGAAUAAUCCCAUUCUUCAGCAGAUGCUUAUUCAAUACAAUGAGGCGAAUUCAAGCUCUGUCGGCCGCAAGCUGGAGCUUCAUGCUGGCGGCGAAGGGAUUAUCGGCCGUACAAUGUCAGUCGAGGUCCAAGGGCGGGUUAUCGGUGAAGGAAUCAUAGGACGAUUAUGA